AUGCCAUGCUUCAAGGGGCUUGCCGUUAGUAUACACACUCCGGACGGGCCGCUACCCGAACACUCGAUCCAACGCCAGUCCCGAGCAUCGCGCAUAGCCUGCUACAUUCCCGUUCCGCCGCCCAAAAUCCCGGAUACAUCUCAGGGGAAACCGGAACAGUCUACCUUUGCCAUCUCAAUUACGCUCCUGAAUCCCGGACAGGAUGUGCCGUAUUCCGCGCCGAAGCCCACCUCUGACAACCCCCACCCAAAGCCAAAGGUCGUUGGUGGUCUCCCCGGACAGACCGAGCAGCGAGGACAAUACUCGAGCGCCGUCUCCCCAUACCAAGCUCUGACCAAUUCUCCAAAUGAGACCGUCGCUGCUUACAUCUACUUCGAUGGCCGGCAGAAGGAGGAGGUUGCUACACUGCUUCGGAGAGGGGAGGAGACCUGGGUGAACUCCCGAUGGGUUAGCAUUCCAGAAUCGGAGGGGGGUGGUCUGGCAGAACGGGAAUUUCUCUUCCGCGAGGUCGGGCUGGAAAGAUGGCUCAAUGGAUUGGACUUGGAGGGCCGCAAGGACGCGGCAGCGAAGAUUGAGCGGCGACGACAAAAGAUGGAGAAGCGGCGAGCUAGGCGCGAGAAUGAUGGACUCUUGGAACUGGACAUGGGUGGAAAGUCGGGCAAGAGCGAUAAAGGUAUUAUGCGAUAUGGCAACGACACUAAGUCGCCUUUGGAGGACGUUUCGGACGAUGACAUGUCGGACCCGGACUCCGACGACGAUGACCCAAUUCCUGAGACUACUGGCCAGAUCAAAGUCGCGCUUUUCCGUGUCCUAGCCUCCGGAGAGAUUAAGCGGGGAGAAUAUUCACCCCAGUUCGAUGCCCACGACGACGACGACGAGGGCCAAGGCCAAGGCAGUGGCGGAGGCGAUGAGGAUAUCGAUCAUACUACCAGCUUCGCGAAGCCAAAGACACUCGAUCCAAAGUCGAUUAGCACACAAACAGUCACUGGAAUUGACCCGUCCGACAAGCCGUAUGCGAUCUUCACUUUUAUGUACCGGGGAGAGCGCCAAUUACAGAAGAUGGGAAUCCUGAAAGACUCCAAGACCCAGGAAACACCUGGGUCGGUCAAACGCCGAUCGCUUCAGCCCGACUUCUCAAACCUCGGUCCACUAAAGCCCGGAGGUACUGUUGGGUUCCUGAAUUUCCGCGACAACACAGAAGGUCAAAGGAAGAGCAAAAAGAACAAAGCGCUGGAUGAUGACGACAUGGACAGCGAUGAUGAUGAUGAUGACCGGAUACUCAAUCAGGCGGACGAGGAGGAAGGCAAGGACGAUGACCAUCUCCUGUCUCCAGACGAUAUCAGACGUCAAGGCGAGCUAGCCGAAGGCGUGCGCAAGAUCAAGCUCAAACGUCAACAUUCGGCUGCGUCGCUCGCGGGCAGCUCUCGACGAGACACUGCGAGCCCUCUGACAGGCGGCACUCCACCGGCAUCAAACAUUUCCACGACCCCGCCGACGGCAACGUCAGCGCCGGCUGCCCCGAGUCUAUCUGAAGCCCAGCCGAACGUGUUGAACGGGGAAUUCAUCGGCAGCCCGCUCAAGAAGCAGCGCCCCAGCGUAUCGCAAGCGGACGAAUCUUCCCUGAGACGACGAAUGGAGUCCGGUCUCUCAAAACAAAUCAGCGAAGUGUUGGGCAGCAGUGGUGAUAAGACAGAGGGAGUCACCAACAACCAGACGCCUGCAAUCGCGGCGUCAGCUUUGUCGGAUGGCCUGCAGUCGCCGAAGACGGUUUUUCCACCAAACAAUGCGGAAGAAGAGCUGUGA